CACCCCUGGGAAGAAGCCUGUAUCCGACACAGCCUGCCUGCCAUUUAAAUUUGUCUUUAUUCUAAUGGGAAUAUAUCGAUCUGCAUCUAUAAAUAAGGAUUUUUAGUUUCCGAGCAAACUUUGUGACUGGCUUCCUGCAGCAUCCUCGGAAUCAUUCGCCGUUUAUUCACCGGAUAAGAUGGUCAUAACGCAACUCACACCGCCUGCCUUCAUUCAUACGGAAUAGUGACUAAUAGUCGACCUCUGGCUCUGAUGUGUGACAGAUCAGGCACACGGUGUCCCUGCAAGAAAGAAAAGUGAGCAGGGCGAGCUGCUGCCGGAGGAAUACAAAUUAUACUGGUGAAAGAAAACACGAACAAUGAACCGGGCUGCAGAUGAAGAGCGUUAAAACCGAGUUACAGUGUGUGCGUCAGGGUGCUCUCCACCUCCAGCUUCACCGAGGCUAUUUAUUUUAAAAAGAAAUACAGUCAUAUUUGUGUUUUUGUGCGACUAAACGAAGGGAUGACAGUCAAGCUGGACUUCGAGGAGUGUUUGAAGGACUCUCCACGCUUCAGAGCUGAUAUCGAGUUGGUCCAAAAUGAUGUGAGCGAACUCGAGACACGAUUAGAAAAGCUUGUGAAGCAAUGCCAGGCCAUGCUGGAUGCAGGCAAGGUCUACUGCCAAACCAGCAAGAGCUUCAUCAACAGUCUCAAGGAGAUGGGACGCCAGUGGUCCGGGGACACAAUGAUGGGGGACUGUUUGGACAAAUUUUCGAAAAAGCUGUCUCUCAUCGUGGACGGCCAGCAGGAAGUGAUUGAAGUCACACAGAAGUCAGUCAAGACAAAGCUACAGACCUUUGUGAAAGAAGAUGUUCGUCGGUUCAAGGAUGUGCGCAAGGAGUUUGAGCGCAGCAGUGAAUGCCUGGAGGGGGCGCUGUCGAGGAACGCUCAGGCCCCGCGGGGCAAACAACACGAAGUGGAGGAGGCAAGCAACACUUUGCUCAACGCACGCAGGACUUUCAGGUCUGGGGCGCUGGACUACGUCCUGGAGAUUAAUGUCAUUGAGGCCAAGAAGAAGACAGACAUUGUGAUGGCAAUGUUGUCACUGAUGGAGGCCCAGGCCCAGUUCUUCGAACUUAACCAUGAGUCUGUGUCAGAACUGGACAACUAUCGACGAAAACUCACUGAAGAGACCACACAGUUUGUCCUGGACUCUGCCCGAGAGAAGAGAGACAUGGAGCAAAAACACAGUGCAAUCAAGAAAAUGGAUGUUUCUUAUGAUGACUCAAUUAUGGAUUUCAAUACUGACGCAGCCAAUGGGAUCGCCAUGGAGGGCUACCUCUACAAGAGAGCCAGUAACGCCUUCAAGACCUGGAGCAGGCGCUGGUUUUCAAUUCAGAAAAAUCAACUGGUGUAUCAGAAGAAAUUCAAGGACCAGCCUACAGUUGUGGUGGAGGACUUGCGUCUUUGCACCGUCAAACCCAGCACUGAAAACGAAAGACGAUUCUGCUUUGAAGUGGUCUCCCCAUCAAAGUGCUGUUCGUUGCAGGCCGACUCAGAAAGACAGCAACAAGCGUGGAUCAGUGCGGUCCAAAACAGCAUCGCCUCAGCCUUUCAGGAGCACAGAGAAGAACCGCAUAGCCCAAGAGAGCGCUGCACUUCGAUGUCUACGGGCUGUUCAGGUGGAGCUGGAGGAUCAGAUCAGGUGAAGGAGGGCCCCAAAGCACUGGAGGAGGUUCAGGCGAUCCCGGGGAACAAGCAGUGCUGCGACUGCGGAGAGCCCGGUCCUGACUGGGCCUCCAUCAACCUGGGCAUCACGCUGUGUAUCAUCUGCUCAGGAAUACACAGGAGCCUGGGAGUUCAUUUCUCCAAAGUACGCUCCCUCACCCUUGACUCCUGGGAGCCGGAGCUCAUUAAGUUGAUGUGUGAAUUAGGCAACACAGUAAUCAACAAGAUCUACGAGGCUCGGAUUAAUGAGAUCACCAUCAAGAAGCCCAGCUCCUCCAGUCCCAGAGGGGACAAGGAGUCGUGGAUUAGAUCGAAAUACGUGGAGAAGAAGUUCAUCCAAAAGCUGCCGGAGACUGGCAGGAACCCCCCGCUGAGGCGAAGCAGCGCCAGGAGAAACCGGACAGCCACACAGGACCGGACCGCAGAGAGACCGCCGAUCAAACCCAAACCGAAUCGAGCAACGUUGCCUCGGGUCACAGGACUGAACCCCAGUGAUCUUUUCCAAAAGAACAAUACAGAGAUUUACAAAGAUGUGGAGGAGGAAGAGGAGGAUCUGAGCGGCCUUCACCCCGGGGCGCUGCUUUACCGCUCGGCAGAGAUGCAGAAAUUCCCCGUCAUGGCGGACGCGUUGGCCCACGGAGCCGACGUCAACUGGGUCAACGCGGCAGACUCGUCCAGGACGCCACUGUUACAGGCUGUCUCUGUGAACGCCUUGGCAGCCUGCGAGUUCCUGCUGCAGAACGGCGCCAACGUCAACCAGGUGGACAGUGACGGGAGAGGACCGCUGCACCACGCCACCAUCCUGGGUCACACAGGGUUGGUCUGUCUCUUCUUGAAGCGAGGAGCUGACUACCACGCCAAAGACAAGGAUCAGAAAGAUCCCAUAACAAUCUCCGUGGAAAACGCCAACGCCGACAUUGUCACUUUGCUGCGGAUCGCCAAAAUGAACAAGGAGAUGCGGGAGAUGGACGGAGCCUUUGGCCAAUCAGGUGAUGACACCUACCAUGACAUCUUCAGAGACUUUUCACAGAUGGCUUCACACAACCCAGAGAAGCUCAAACGCCGAAGUGCAGACCCCAAAAUCUAACCAGCUGCUGCUGCCGCCUCUUCACACCGCCACACAUUUCACACUUCAGCCCUACAUACUUACACACAUGUACAAAACUUGCCCGUAUUUAGCCCCCGAAGGCAUGCGGACACACACACACACACACACACACACACACACACACACACUUUUCCCUGGCUACCUGCCACAUGUUCAGUCAUAGCUCAGCUGGUGUUGACUUCAGAGGAGAUGAACACUGAAUUCUUUGUGCCAACACGUCAGGAGCAGAACAAUUGUGUCGGACUGGAACAGCUUUAUGAGACCAGCAUGAGGUGUCUUUAUGUCUAGCAGAGGGUAACACCAUCACUCUGCCAAAAUGUACUAAUUAAAUCCGGUAAAUCUG